AUGAGGUCGACGAGGAAGUCGUUGCUGAAGUUUUGCGUCCGACGGGGUAUCUGGAACAUUAAUGUCAAAGUCCCAGCCGGUAGGACAGCUGGAUGCAGUGUUGGUGGUCACAUAUCCUCCGUCGCCAGUCGGGUCCGUGGUGGAGUUCAACAUAUCCUUGAGGUUGUUGAAGUCGUCCAAGGUGGUGACAGAGUCGCCGUUGAUCUCCACCAAUCCGUAAUUAUCAGCUUCUUGAGAGUACUCGUAAACAAGUCCACCAGAGAAAACAGAAGACAUCUGAGUAGAGUAGAUCGAAGCAACCUCAGAAAACUCUCUGUAUCCCGAUUGGGUGAAAGAAGAGUGUCCACACCAAGAAUAGUCAUUGACACCAAGCAUGUCGACUCUCGCAGUAGAGUCAUUACCACAGUUGAGGUAGUGAGCAAGAUCGAGUCUGACAGAGGAAACAUCAGCAGCAGAGUAACCAACAGGGAUGCUUCUGUAGUUCCUGGCCUUGAUGUACUUUUUCAAGUCUCUCACGGUUGCCUUGAUGUAUGGAGCGGUGUCCAAGACGGACUCAUCGUUGACGACUUCGUUACCAGCGAAGAAACCAAGAACGUUGUCGUAGUCGGCAAACGCAUCAACCGUUGCAAAGAUGCUUUGCAAGAAAUCGGCGUUGUAAGAGCAGUUUGGGUUGCUUCUGGAAAUCGAAGCUCCUGGUGUGGUGACAUCAAGAAUUAG